CUAAUAUCUAUAUAUGUAUAUACAUCUAUCGAUCUCUUUCAAGGUUGUUAUUUUUUGGUUUCCCAAAAUCUUUGCAUUGGCCGCCACCAAUGUCCACGAAACUCGUCGUUAUCUACCUCCUAUUUUCUUUCUCUGCCGUCGCGCUUCUCUUUGCGCUGUUCCUCGCCGGAACCUACGACUUCAAACAUUAUGCGUCAUUGUCUCCUCCCUCUCUCAAUCAUGGAUCCGAAAACGAUAAAGUUUGGCCUGAAUUGAAGGUGGGGUGGAGAGUUGCGUUGGCCACGGUUAUCGGGUUUCUGGGAUCAGCUUUUGGAACCGUUGGAGGGAUAGGUGGGGGAGGCAUUUUCGUUCCCAUGCUCACUCUGAUUGUGGGGUUUGAUACCAAGUCUGCUGCUGCUCUCUCUAAAUGUAUGAUAAUGGGGGCGUCAACAGCUUCUGUUUGGUAUAACCUGAGAGUGCCUCACCCAACCAAAGAGGUGCCUAUAAUAGACUAUGAUCUGGGACUUAUUUUUCAGCCCAUGCUCAUGCUUGGUAUAACUGUUGGUGUAGCGCUCAGUGUUGUCUUCCCCUACUGGCUCAUCACUGUCCUUAUCAUUAUUCUCUUCGUUGGUACCUCUUCAAGGUCUUUCUUUAAGGGAACUCAGAUGUGGAGGGAAGAGACUCUUAUCAAGAAGGAAAUGGCCAGACAAAAAGCAACUUUCGUUAGUUCUCACGGUGAACUUCUAAUUGAUACAGAAUAUGAGCAGUUGAUUCCUAAAGAAGAGAAGUCACCAAUGCAAAUUUUUUGUUUCAAUCUCAAGUGGAAAAGGAUUUUGGUACUAAUGGUCGUUUGGGUUUCUUUCCUACUACUUCAAGUGAUCAAGAAUACUGUAGAGGUCUGCAGUGAAUGGUAUUGGGUGCUUUUCAGCUUACAGUUUCCUAUUGCACUUUUGGUAUUUGGCUAUGAAGCAGCGAAGUUGUACAGGGAUCAUAAAGAGAGAAUGAGCACAGGAAACAUGGAAUCCAUCUGUGAGGCAUCAAUUGAAUGGACUGUUCUGCACAUUUUAUUUUGUGCACUGUGUGGCAUUCUAGGAGGCACUGUGGGAGGCCUACUUGGUUCUGGAGGUGGAUUCAUUUUGGGCCCUCUGCUCAUCGAGAUUGGUGUCAUCCCUCAGGUUGCUAGUGCAACAGCAACAUUUGUGAUGAUGUUUUCAUCAUCUUUGUCUGUGGUGGAAUUCUACCUUCUCAAGAGGUUCCCCAUUCCUUAUGCGUUAUACCUCACUGCAGUGUCUGUUCUGGCUGGCUUUUGGGGACAGUAUUUUGUAAGAAAAUUGAUGGAAAUUCUCAAGAGAGCCUCAAUCAUUGUAUUCAUCCUCUCAGGGGUCAUUUUUGCUAGCGCUCUCACCAUGGGCGUGGUAGGUAUUGACAAGAGCGUUAAAAUGAUCCAAGAGCAUGAGUUCAUGGGUUUUUUAGACUUCUGCAGCAGUCAGUGAUUCAUGUAGUGUACAUCAGGUGGCAAACGAAGACAACAUUGUUGGAGUCUGUAAAAAAUGGUUGGAAAUUCAUUCAUGAAUGUUGUUCAAUGUCUGGUCAUUCCUCUUCAAGUAUCAAAUAAUGGUAGCUUGCCCUCCCUUGUGUUUCACACUGUUUGUAGUUGAAUGUUAGCUACUGGCUAACACUCUCUCAUUGCAGUGCAACAUUUGUUUGAUAUGUAUAUUUUUUUAAGUUUCUUUUGAGCCUCCAUUCAGUUCUAGACUCGGUAUGGAAAAAGCUUGUACAUUCAGGGUAAGACAACAACUUUCAGGAAUCUUGGUCAAUGUUUGGUUGACCAUCGGAAGUUCCUUUCCUCUGUGUAAUAAAUAAGGCUUGAUGGUUCUUCCCUUUGAGAAAAUCAGUUUGUGGUUGAGUUAUGUUAUGCGACUGACUGAUGGCAAAACAUAUGAAGGAUUUUUUAUUUCUUUAGCAUCGGAUCUUCACAUGUCCAUCGGUUGGUUUAAGGUUGAAAGGUUUGCUUCUGAAGGAGUAGUUCCGAGAAUUUGUCUCUAUAAUUGUAUAACUAA